CACUCAAACACGCGUAAAUGCGAUACUCCCUUCCCAUAUUGUCAUCAGCUGCUGCUACCAAACGCCCGUUUAUCACAGCCUCUACUCUUACCACCAGUUUCUUAAUUUCAUUCAUGGGUUCCCUCAUCAGCUUGGCUCCCGCACAACCACAGCGCUACCAAAGCGUUGUUGUGAUGCGGCAUGGGGAACGAAUGGACAACUUCGUGGAGUCCUGGCUCUCGAAAGCCGCCAGGCCAUGGGACCCACCCCUGUUCGAUGAUGGACACUCUCGGUCCUUCCGCACGGGCAUGGAGCUCCGGACCCAGCUCGGGUAUCCAAUCCAUCGAGUCAUUGUCUCUCCGUUCUUGCGAUGCGUCGAGACUGCUUCUGAAGUGGCCUCUGCUCUAUGUGCCAUUGAUGAGAAUUCCGAUGCUGUCUCUGGGACCGAUGUACCAAUUGACCCAUCAAAGAUCAAGGCUUCUAUUGAGUAUGGACUGUGUGAGAUGUUCAACAACGUGGCCAUCAGAACGCCUCCUGAGAAUAAGGAUCAAUGGGGAUUCAAGCUCCCAGAGAUCCAGUCGAAAUUACAGGCAGGCACUGUGGAUCCUGAAUAUGAACCAGUUUUCCAAAAGUUGCCGAAAUGGGGAGAGACGAGUUCGGACGCAAGAGCUCGAUAUGAACGAGUUAUUCACGCCCUCGCUGAUAAGUACCCUUCAGAGAAUUUGUUGCUUAUCACUCAUGGAGAAGGACUGCGGGCUACAGUUUCGACUUUCUUGAAUGGCACGAAAAUACGCAAAGUCGAGUAUUGUGCCUAUGUCAAGCUUCAACGACAAGUUACCCCAAAGGAGGACAACACCUUUACUGCAGGAAAAUUCGAUGUGGUCUCCCACCACGGUUACUUGCUGAGAAACGAUGACGCAUAGAUUUGUUGGCAUGGACUACCCAGUUUGAUUGUUUGAUCCUUGCAAGCGUGGGGAAAAGGAAGAAAAGAAGUUAAUAUGGUUUACCUUUAUUUAUAGUUUCCUUGUAAUUGAUAAGCACCUGGUGCUUUAUCUUUUGGUUUAUUUAUUUUAUUUAUUUUUUUCCAAGUACGUAUGAGAUCCAAGCAGAAAAUGAUUUUCUUCUAUUUCAAAAAACACCGAUAUUUUCUUGUAAUUUUCAUUAUCUAUUCAUGCUACUUUGAAAAUCUAAUGAUUUAUCCAACUGGCACUGGGGUUGGUUGAACUCCGGGGAUGCAUGGAAA